AUGGAUCCAGUUCCGACGUUGGACGUCUUCAUACUCACCUUCAAUGCUGCGAAGCACCAGAUUAACGUCCCCGUCUUUGCUCGACACUUAUACAAUGCAUUCGCACGGAACGCUUCGAGUCUUCCAGAGUUGGUCGUCAUAUCCCUCCAGGAGAUGGCACCACUGGCUCAGGCCUUAAUUGGCUCCUACAUGCUCAAUCCUUAUUUCCAACGAUAUGAGUCGGCCGUAAAUAUUGCCGCUGCUAAAUUCGCCGACGGGGUAGAGCAUCUGUAUACGCUAGUGACUGCGCGCAAUGUUGGUAUGACAGGCAUUCUUCUCUUCGCCCGCGACCCAAACACGGUGAAGAAUCUACGGGCUACGGUUGUUGCCUUUGGCGCUGGUGACAUGCCUAAUAAAGGAGCUGUGGGGCUUCGGAUGCAUUACAACAAAAGGAAUACGGAUGGCUGUUUAUUAGCAUCGACCGAACUCACCUUCGUCGGUGCUCAUCUGGCUGCUAUGGAGUGGAAUCUCGAAAAGAGGAAUAAGAAUUGGGAAGCUAUCGUCUCUGGCCUCGUAUUUGAGAAUCCUAAGGAAAUUGCAGAAAGUCAGGCGACGCAGUCCACUAUUCGGGGUGACGAUGACUCCGAAGCCCAGCAAGCUCUACUCCCGCAGGACACAACCGAAAAAUCACUGCACGAUAUUUCCAUAUAUAAGCCCGGCGCCCACCUCUUUGUUGCUGGAGACCUAAACUAUCGUAUAUCCAAGAGUUCACCAACUUCGGACUCAGUCUUUCCUGAUACUAAUCCUGAUACUGUGAAUUCUAAUCACUUCUCGCCUUUCUUGGCGCGCGAUCAGCUUACUGCAGAGAAAGAUGCUGGCCACACACUACACGGAUUGAGCGAGGCAGAGAUCCUGUUCCCACCAACAUAUAAGCUAGUAGUGUCCCCAAAACCAAAGCCACACACCGGGCUUGAUCGCAUCGGGGAUGACGAAGACGACAUGGAUGAAGUCGACUGGUCGUGGGCUCUUCAUCGAUGGCCCGGCUGGUGCGACCGCAUUCUAUACCAAGAGAUACCCUGGUGGGCCAGGGAGACCGUCGGCGAUAAGAGUAUGAAGAUACUAGAUUAUAAUGCGCUCCCCCCCGUCAGAUCAAGCGACCAUAGAGCAGUAUUCUUGCGUGUAGAGGUCCCAAUGCUUGAGCAUGAUUGUCUUAUGCCGCCCGAAUCUGCUCUGGAAUCGGAGUUAAGAACAAAAGGUGACAGUCCCCUACCUGUAGACCCUCGGAUCAAGCUCCCAUUCCCAAUCGACUUUCAGUCUUGGGAACGCCGAGCUUAUAUCCAGAAAUGGGAGCCAACUAUCGGUUGGUCAAUGCUGAUCUCGCAAUCAAAAGAGGGUCUUGUGGUAUUCGUUACUCUACUCCUCGUCGGCCUUGGUACUUGGUGGUAUAGGUCUUGGUAG